UGCAACGCGGACGAACCUAGGGUAACCUCCGAGAAGACGGGACAAGAAUAACAGAUUAGGAACAAAUUAAGACACAGCAGGUCGUAAAAACGAUAAUUUGUGAAUGGUGUAAUUGAAUAGUGGUAGCUCUAGCUGCCUAAUUAAAAAAAAUAUAUAGUUUAGUAAACUCCAACUUUGUUAGUGGAGGUUGGCGGUGUCAGAAACCUACAUCAGGCUUUGGCGACAGGGACAGCAGAGAUAGCUAGGUUCAUAGCUAACGUUAGCUAUCAGAUAUCUUGACAACAAAACAAUGCUCAGUUGAUAACCAUAGUUUGUUAUUUAGCUAGCCGGAGCAUAGACAGAAUCAAAGCUAUCAUUAAAACACAAAUAUCGGUGUUUUCUUCAACUGUCAACAAGACCAUUAACGUUGGCUAGCGAACGCUAGUUUUCGUUGUCCAAGUGAGCCACAGCCAGUGGCUAUUGUUAAGUUGACUGAGACGAGUCGCUGAAUUAUUUAUUGGACCAAAAUGAACACCGACGAGGCGGCAGCUCCGAAACCUGUCACCGAUGAUGAUGGCAUGACAUGGUGGUACCGAUGGCUCUGCAAAAUCGCUGGGGUCCUGGGCGGAGUAUCAUGUGCCAUCUCAGGAGUGUGGAUGUGUGUCACUGUCAACCCUUUAAACAUCGCUGCUGGAGUAUGGAUGGUGUUGAAUGCCUUUGUGCUGUUCCUGUGUGAAGUCCCAUUCUGCUGCCAGUUCAUUGAGUUUGCGAACGCAGUGGCGGCUAAAGCUGACAAAUUCAAGCCAUGGCAGAAAGCCUUCUUCUACUGCGGGAUGGCACUAUUUCCCAUAUUCCUGAGCUUCUCCAUCACCACGUUGUUUGGGAAUGCCAUUGCCUUCGCUACAGGAGUCCUCUAUGGUCUCGCCUCCCUGGGCAAAAAGGGCGAUGCGGUGAGUUAUGCCAGGCUGAAUCACCAGAAACCGGGGAACGAGGAGAAGCUGACCGGGACGACUGACGGGUCAAUAUAGUGACAUGGCUCAUCCUCCCAGCGGUUCCCACAGAGGAGGAACACUAUCCUUAACCAAGGGACAAAUAUGUCAUCCCCUCUUCUACCCCCCACCAGCCCACCUCUCUGUUACUGGGUUUAUUUAUGUACCUAAACUGCUGCAUAUUCGAUUAAAUGUGUCUGUAUAGAUAACUAUA